CAAAAUAGCAAAGCUCGGGAUGUUCCGCAGCCCCGGCUUCUUACUGACAGAGGGUCCCGGGGCCUAGGACGGUGCUCCGCAACGUGAGGCGCCAGUGGGCCGUGGAGAGGCUGAGUCCAAAGCCCGGAGGCGCGCGGGGGUGGGCGCUGCAGCCGCGGGUUGUUUAUCUGGAGUACGGAGGGGAGGGGGGAGCCUGGAAACCGCCCCGUGUCCCAUUUCCUCCUCUUGUUUUCGCUCCGGAUUCUCCAUGUUGGACCCAAACUGAGGAGCCCGGAGCUGCCGCCGGGGGAUCGGGGCCGGGGGCACCCGGGGGAGCUGCUGCCCGGGCCGCCCGCUCUCUGUACAGGCCGCCUCCCUUCCCGGCCCAGGGAGGGAACGAGAGCAGGGAUGUGAACAGCUGUGGGAGUCCGAGUCUCGCGAGCAGGAGCCGGAGCGGGCCCCCGCCCAGGCCCCCCAGCCCAGCCCAGCCCAGCCUGCGCGCCCGCCCGUCCUCCCGCCCAGCCAGCCCGGGCCCACGGGAUUGUUAGAUGGAACACGGCUCCAUCAUCACCCAGGCGCGCAGGGAAGACGCCCUGGUGCUCACCAAGCAAGGCCUGGUCUCCAAGUCCUCUCCUAAAAAGCCUCGUGGACGUAACAUCUUCAAGGCCCUUUUCUGCUGUUUUCGCACCCAGCAUGUUGGCCAGUCAAGCUCCUCCACUGAGCUCUCCGCGUACAAGGAGGAAGCCAACACCAUUGCUAAGUCUGAUCUGCUCCAAUGUCUCCAGUACCAGUUUUAUCAGAUCCCAGGGACCUGCCUGCUCCCAGAGGUGACAGAGGAAGACCAGGGAAGGAUCUGUGUGGUCAUUGACCUGGAUGAAACCCUUGUGCAUAGUUCUUUUAAGCCAAUCAACAACGCUGACUUCAUAGUGCCUGUAGAGAUUGAGGGGACUACUCACCAGGUGUAUGUGCUCAAGAGGCCUUAUGUAGACGAGUUCCUGAGACGGAUGGGGGAACUCUUUGAAUGUGUUCUCUUCACUGCCAGCCUGGCCAAGUAUGCUGACCCUGUGACGGAUCUGCUAGAUAGGUGUGGGGUGUUCCGAGCCCGCCUGUUCCGUGAGUCCUGUGUGUUCCAUCAGGGCUGCUAUGUCAAGGACCUUAGUCGCCUGGGAAGGGACCUAAGGAAAACCCUUAUUCUGGACAACUCGCCUGCUUCUUAUAUCUUCCAUCCAGAGAAUGCAGUGCCUGUGCAGUCUUGGUUUGAUGACAUGGCAGACACCGAGUUGCUGAACCUGAUCCCAAUCUUUGAGGAGUUGAGUGGAGCAGAGGAUGUCUACACCAGCCUUGGGCAGCUUCGGGCCCCUUAGCCCUGCUUCCAAGCAAUGGCCAUCCCAGGAGGGGACUUUCCUACACUGUGCCUUUAUAAGACCAGCCUGACAGAUGGAGCAGAAGCUGGAGCAUCUCACCAAAUGGGGCCUGGAAAUAGAAGUAAUGGGAAUGAACUUUAGGACAGGUUAGAUGCUGAGUGGGCAAAUGUUAGACCAAUGAUACCCCAAGCUGCCUACUUCCUCCAAUGGGUUCCUGAGAUGAGAGACAGAGAGAGAGUGUGUGUAUGUGUGUGUGUUGCCUUGAACUGUGUUCAAGUAUAUAAGUGUUUCAGUUUGGGGAAGAAGCUGAAAGAUCAAGACUCCCCAAAUUCGUCUCCUCUCCAGUCACCCCAAGAGCCACUGAGCUCUAUAGGGAUGAAGACUAUUCAAGGCUCCAUUGCCAAACCCAUGGCCUUUUCCUCAGUGUUACAAGGCUUGUGCCAAGGAGAAAGGAACAGUCAGAGGCUGCCUUUGGGUGCCCCAGCACACUCCUUCUUGAACCCUUUCUCCAGCCAGCUGCUGCAGAUAGACAACAAUUCUGGAAGAUGAAAACUUGUUUCUAGAACUGGUCGCCCCCAUGGCCAUCGAGUCCUGCAGUUCAAGGGCUGCACUUGCCUCCAGCCGAGUGCCUGGCAUGGGCCCUCUGUGUCUCCCAAGGCUUGGGUGUUGGGCCUGCCUUCCUCACUACCUAGCCAUAAGUCUCGAACCCAUGGGGAAGGAGCUCUAUUCCCUGCCAUGGAAGAGGGCAGAUAACUGAUUUCCGUUCUUUUGACUCUGUUUUAAAAUUCUUUCUAAACA